AUGGAAUGUUAUAAAGAAGCUAUCAGAAUUUAUCCAAAUAAUGCUGAUGCAUGCAUUGGCAUAGGACUUAUCUUCCUUAAUGAAAAGAGAUAUGAAGAAGCAGUAAACUAUUACAACGAUGCAAUUAGAAUCAACCCAAACUGUGCAAAAUAUUAUUCAAAUAAAGGAAAUGCUCUAUAUAAGUUAGGGAGAAGAGAAGAAGUUAUGGAAUGCUAUAAAUAA